AUGAGAAACAUUUUUGUCGUCUUGUUUUUCGCGUUGUUGGCCGGGGCCGGAAUUUCGGGCCGGGCCAGCUACACGACGAUCCCCAACGGCCAGACCUACUAUGACAGUGCGGGAAACACGAUCAGCUGCGUUGGCGGCGGGUUCCUGCAGGUGGGCACCUGGUACUACUGGGUGGGCGAGGCGUUCUAUAAUAGCACGGCGGCGGCCAGCCCGGAUCUGGCGAGCCUGUACAAGUCGCAGGACCUAGUUAACUGGGACUACGUGGGCACCAUCAUCAGCGCGGACGCGCUCGACGCCAACGGCAAGCCGGCCGUGCAGUACAGCAACCUGGGUCGGCCCAAGGUGGUGUACAACGCGGCGACGAAAAAGUACGUCUUCUGGGCGCACUGGGAGACGGCGACGACGUUUGCGGCCUCGCACGUGCUCGUGGCCACGGCAGACGCAGUCGAGGGCCCCUACACGAUCAGCAGCCGGGGGCACUUCCGGCCGGGCAGCGGCCACGAAGAAAGCAGCGCGCUGGGCGACCGAGUCGGCGGACUGGUGGUGGACUUUGGCGCGAGCGCGCUCAAGACCGACAACGUGUCGCAUCCGUACCAGCCGGUGUCCGGGGCCGACUACCCACCCAAGAUCCUGCAGUUCAACAGCAAGGUCGACCCGUCGGACCCCGAGGCUGUCCAGUAUGUCUCCGCGGCUGACGGCUACGGCACCACGCAGUCGGGCGAGCUGACCCAGAUGUACUUUGGCCUGACGCUCAAGGCGGUCGCCAUCCGCAUGACGCCGUGGGACACGAGCUACUACGAGCGGUACAGCCCGUACUGGAGCAUCAGCAAGAGUGCCUACGAGUACAUUGUGCGCUAUCCCACGGCCACCAACCGCUCGGCCGUCACGACGGUCGUGUACGAGGUCGGCGAUCCGGGCAGCGCCCGACAGACUCUGGUGGCGCCGCAGAUCGGCCCCGGCUUGGACGAGUCGACGGCAGCUGACACGGUGCUCGUGCACAGCGGCGAUGCUGCGUUUGUCACGUGCAACACCACCAAAAGCACCAUCUACUACACCACGGACGGGACGACGCCGACACCCAAAAACAGCAGCACCCUGUACGCGCCCGGAACACGCAUCACGAUCAGCGGCGCCGCAGGCACCAACCUGACCGUCCGGGCCGUCUGUGCUCUUGGCAGCGAGGUCAGCACGGUCGUGUCGCAGAAGUACACCGUCGUCGGUAGUGCUGUGGCCGUGCCCAUCUUCCGGCCGAUCGUCAGUGCGCCGGCGGGCGUCUACAGCACAGAUGAUGCUGCAUUCCAGUCCAAGGGGACCCGGAUCUACGCGCCGACCUACAAUACGGAGCUGUACUUUACCAUGGACGGCUACGACCCAGAGCCACCGGUCUUCGGGACCAACACCGGCUACCGGGCGCGCGACAUGACCGUGUGGCAGGACCCAGCCGACGGCAAGGCCUAUCUGGUGCACGCGUCCGACAACGUCUUCUUCCGGCUGUGGCAGCUGGAUGACAGCUUCACCGACGUCGUGCCCGAGCGCGGCUACGACGUCUACUCGGAUCUGUCGCGUGAAGCCCCCGCGCUCGUGCGCCACGGCGGCACCUCCGGCCAGUACGUCUACCUGAUCACGUCGACGCAGACGGGCUGGUAUCCCAACCAGGGCGGCUACAGCCGGACGGCCAACAUCACGGCCGGCUUUGGGCUUCCACGCGACCCGGUGACCGGCUAUCGCAACGGCAAUGAGACCUGGUCGUCGAUCGCGCCGUUCGGCGACGCCACCACCUUUGGCAGCCAGCCGACGUUCAUUCUUGACAUCGGCACCACGGCCGACCCGCAGUAUGUUUACGUCGGCGACCGCAACAAGGAGAUCGACCAGUCCGACAACACGUAUAUCUUCUUGCCGCUGACGCUCAACGACACCGGCGUCGCCUUCACAGGCGAGACGGCUGGCGGUCUCGCCAGCAUCGAGUUCACCCCCUUCCUCGACCUCGACCUGGCCGGUCACCGGAUCGUCCCGCCGGCCUGGACGCUGCUGUCGCGCAACAAGCCCACAGACAACUCCACCGCCAACGUCGCCCUGACGGCCGCCCAGCUGGCUGCCGGCACGUACAACUUCAGCGCUGCCGUGGCCAAUGACGGCGUCGACUUCGACCUCAGCUUCUACGACGCCGUCGAGCAGUAUUACAAGCCCACGGCCGUGCCCUACCACUGGCAGGUCGAUCUCGGCCAGACGUACGCGCUCGAAUGGAUCGGCCUCUCCUUCCUCAGCGUCGGCGGCUCCGAUGCCGCCAACCGCUACACCCUCACCGGGUCCAACGACGGCGCCACGUGGCACCAGCUCGCCGACAACACCGCCAACCUGCAGCCCGGCUUCUGCGACCACAUCGUGACCGGCAACAGCUACCGCUACGUCCGCCUCGACGUGUCCAGCAUCUACGACGUCAUCCACGACCAGGAGGCCGACUGGGAGGCCGGCCUCUACGAGGUGUACGUCUAUGGCCAGAAAGCCUGA